UUCUCUCUUCCUCCUGGCUGCUCUAGGCAAGGUGGGGUGGGACUCUGUGAACAUGUGCCUCCUGGAGCUUCUAUUUCCCUGGUGCUGCUGUUCCGUGAAUAGUGGGGUUGUGAGUGGGGCAGCAGGUCCUGAGUGUUGGACUCUUUCUUUUUCAGGAUCCGGUGACUUUUGAGGAGGUGUCUGUGUAUUUCACUAGGGAGGAAUGGGCUCUUCUGGACCCUGUUCAGAGAGCCCUCUACAGGGAAGUCAUGCAGGAGAACUAUGAGACGGUGACCUCGCUGGAGACAAGAGAAUGACUGUCACCCAGGGCUUCCCAGAGGAUUCAGGAGACCUGAGGUCUUCGGUGUAGGGUUUCCAGUUUCCAAACCUGAUAUGAUCUCCCAGGUGGAACGAGGGGAAGAGCCGUGGGUCCCAGACCUCCAGGGCUCUGAGAAAGAAGUGCUUCCAAGAGCUGCUUGCACAGGUAGUGACCUGUGUCUGGAUUCUCUCUGUCUCCCAUCAGAUGAUGGGAUGGUGAGUGAGAAUGAGGAGGAGAAACCCCAUCAGGAAGAUGCUGAGCGAAGAGAAGCACAUGGAAUGUUAUCAGGAAGAUCCAAAGAGAAUGUUUCCAGGAGUUGUGCACUCCCAGAAAAAACAGAAGCCUGUGAGACUCAGGGGAGGCCAAAGGGAAACUUGAGUAGCCUCUCAGACCUUAUAAGAAGCGGCAGAAUCAACUUGGAAGAGACACGCUACAGGUGCCAUGAGUGUGGGAAAAGCUUCAAUUGGAGCUCUACCCUUGUCAGACAUCGCAGAAUCCACACAGGAGAGACGCCUUAUACGUGCACUGAGUGUGGGAAAAGCUUCAGUCAGAGCUCAAACCUUAUCAUGCAUCAGAUAAUCCACACGGGAGAGAAGCCUUACACGUGCACUGAGUGUGGGAAAAGCUUUAACUGGAGCUCUACCCUGAAUGCACAUCGUAGAAUCCACACAGGAGAGACGCCCUACACAUGCGCUGAGUGUGGGAAAAACUUUAGUUGGCGCUCAGACCUUAUCACACAUCAGAGAAUCCACACGGGAGAGACGCCCUACACAUGCUCUGAGUGUGGAAAAAACUUUAGUUGGCGCUCAGACCUUAUCAAACAUCAGAGAAUCCACACGGGAGAGAAGCCCUACACAUGCUCAGAGUGCGGGAAAAGCUUCAGUCGGAGCUCACAUCUUAUCACACAUCAGAGAAUCCACACAGGAGAGAAGCCCUACACAUGCUCAGAGUGCGGGAAAAGCUUCAGUCGGAGCGCACACCUUAUCGGACAUCAGAGAAUCCACACAGGAGAGACGCCUUACACGUGCACUGAGUGUGGAAAAAACUUUAGUUCGCGCUCAGACCUUAUCAAACAUCAGAGAAUCCACACGGGAGAGAAGCCUUACACGUGCACUGAGUGUGGAAAAAGCUUCAGUCAGCGCUCAGACCUUAUCAAACAUCAGAGAAUCCACACGGGAGAGACGCCCUACACAUGCUCAGAGUGCGGGAAAAGCUUCAGUCAGAGCUCACAUCUUAUCACACAUCAGAGAAUCCACACGGGAGAGACGCCCUACACAUGCUCAGAGUGCGGGAAAAGCUUUAGAUGGAGCUCAAACCUUAUCAGACAUCAGAGAAUCCACACAAGGGAGAAGCCCUACACAUGCUCUGAGUGCGGGCAAAGCUUCAAUCAGCGCUCAAGGCUCAUUAGACAUCAGAAAAUGCACAGAAGAGAGAAUUGUAAUAAAUCCCUUGACUAGUGUUGGCAAAAACGAAAUUUUUUAAAAAAAAUCACAUUAGCUAAUUCGCACAUAGUGAUUUUUGCAUUGUCUUCACCGUGGUGUCUCAGCUCCACCAGAUAAGAUGCCGCCUUCUGCCUUUUGCAGCUCAUCCUUCUUUGGGGUCAGUCCUAUGAUCUUUUCUAUCAACUCCUUUCCUUUUGAGUCAUAGGAGUGUGUAUCCCUCCAGCUAGGAAUGUUCAUGAGUUCCAAGUUGGGGAGAGAGGUUUGAUCCCAACAAGCUACACUGAGGCAAAAACUACCUGUGCCUUCCAUCCACUAGGAAUGUACAUGGCGUUAGCUGCUCAAGUUAGUGAUCUUGGUGUAAAAAGUUGUAGUGCAGAUGCAGCCCAGGUGCAGUGGUUGGCAUUAGCUUUCCCCUUGACCUGACCUAAACUCCAUCACUUUUCCUAGUCUAAACUAACCCUGAGCAUCAUGGUUAUCCUGUUCCCCCAUUUCAAAGCAAUUCUUAGUCAUCGAGUUCUCCCUUGGGGAACAAAUUGUUUCAUUCCCAGUUGUUCUGAUGUUGCUUCAGGUUGUGCUGGAGAGCAGAUAUUUUCAUUAUUAUUUUCCGCACUUAAAAUGUAUUGAACUAUAACAAAGAGCAGGAAGAGGGCAGGGAUAGGGAAAAAAGUCAUUUCCUCCUCUGUAACAACAGACAUAGUUAGGGUAAGUCAGAGGGAGUCCCUUAUUCCCCAUCACUGUCCUCCUUCAAUCCGUGCUAGAACCUCAGAAUCCUUUUCCUUUCCCCAGUUGUGGGAUGGGAGACUUCCAAAAGUGCUCCCUGUGCUAUAGCACAUGGCUAAGCUCAGAGAAUAAACCCCAAAUCUCCCCUGAGCUUUGCUUUUUGAAUUCUGUAUUUCCGAUUGCUUCAAGCCUGGGCAUUGUGAUUAUUAACCAGUUUCUCUAGCAUUGUUCCUACCACUGUUUCUGUAACAUUGUUUUUUAUGGGACAGGGUUGUUAUUCCUUUGACUAACCCCAACCUGGAAGGCCAGGGUGUCUGUUUUCUCUGGCCCCUCCCCACAGACAAAUCUGACAGGGUUGAACCUGCCUGGAGCAAACAAAAAGCCCCACCGGUCACACACACGAAGCAGAUAGACAUACACAAGACACAGAAGAAACUGAAUAAGUUGAGCUAUCAACAUUUCCACUUUCCCACAGCAUGUUAGUUCUGAAGCUUGUUUUAAUUUCUUUUUUUUCUUAGAACCAUAACUGGGGAAAGAGAACACUGGAGUGAGUGGAAUUACAGCAGGAAAGGAUAAGUCUCAUGAUUCGUCACUAACCAAAGGCUUUGUAAACAGAGCGAUAAUGUUACUGAAUGGUCUGGCUAACCCUGCAGUUAGAAACAAUCAGCUCUAUGGGUGGUAAAUUGACAGGCUUUGCUGCUGAUCAUGAAAUAGCAGGUGUUGAAAGGUAAUAUACUUCUAUUUCAAUGCCUCUGGAAGUACAGAAAACAGUGAUCUGUGUUAAUGACAAGUUGCCAUUUCUCAGUGCCACAAUUUCUAUUGUGUGUGUACAGGAAGGUUUGAAUGUGUAGCAGGUAGUUUGAUAAAGCUUAGCUAUUUUAUGUAUGUAACAGACUCCUGGCCACCUCCAGCAGAGGUUUCAGUCACGUACUAUGGCAACUUACUGAAUGUCACGCAAAUUAGUCCAUUCCUCCCCAUAGUCAGUCUCUGAUGGGAAUGUUAGAAUGAGGCAGAGAAGUGGGAGAGUAUCGCAGUAGGAAUACAUUAAAAAGUGGGAUUAAUCAGAGCUGGGAUGCAGACAGAGCCUGUUCUACAGCUGGUGAUGUGCUAGGGGGACACUCCCACUAGUGCAGGCUCUGAAAUAAUGGCAGAAGCAGAUCGAAGAGAAUGAGCUCCUGUGCGAGCUAUGGGCAGCUGCCCUGUCAGUGCACCACUCACCUGGCAGGUGUUACACAAAACACAGCACUUCCCCUCUGGAAGAGAAACACGUCUCCCCGCUGCCACCACUUCAUUAUACUGUCCAUGAGGCUGUUUGUCCUGCAGGACUUUGAUCUCUUUGGGUGGUCCAUGGUGAAUCAUAAAAGAGCAGGAGUCAUCCCAAUGGAAAUCUCUUCACUUCUUUCUUAGUGUUACCUUCUUAGCCCUGGCUUUGGAGAUGACAUUAGCCUUAUCCUGUCUUGAUUUUAGGUAGGAUUUUGAUCACCUUCUGGGGCUUGGCAGCUUACAACUUUUGAGGGCUUUUCUCUGCCUUUUUGGUCCCCGCUGCAGUCAGUACAUGCUAGACAUGGGCAUGGUGACUUUCCUGGGGAUCUUGACAGCUUUAGCCAGCUUCUUGGGGGCUAUUUUCCUGCUCACAGCCACUGUCAUCUUCUCAUGCCUUGUUCUGGAGGCCCAGCUGCUGGUUGAAUGGGAAGGAGCCAAAGUGCUGGUGACUUUAUCCUGCACCAAGUUGCCUUUGCUCAUCAGACUCCUGAACUCCAACUGGACGUGGCUCUUGUUCUUCUGCACAGCACAGCCCUGGACAGGAGGGAUCUGCAAAUGUACAUUCCUAUGAUCGCUUUGUUUAAUGGAUGAAAACAUAAACUCUACACUUAGAGGAUUGGAACUGCUUUCAGCUGAUGGUCAGCUUGGCUAGAUUUUUAUUCAUUUGGACAGUGAAAUGUUGAGUGUUUACAUUCAUUUCAAGCAUCCCUGUAUAGUGGAGCUCCUGAACAUAAUGGAGAAUGGAAAUGAAAAUGUUUUCCCUUUUUUCAAAAAUAAAAAUAAAAAAAUAAGAGGCUUA